GCCUGGCAUGGAGCUUGGCAUGGAGGCAGUGGAGGACGAUAUCUGCAUUCUGAAGCAUGAGACGGCGUACGGUGGAGCAGGGGAGAGCCCCGUGUCCGUGUGUGCCGGGGAUGAGUCCGUAGCCUCCCACUUUGCCUUGGUCACAGCAUACGAGGACAUCAAGAAGAGGCUGAGAGACACGGAGAGAGAGAACACACUGCUGAGGAAGAGAGUCAAACAACUGGAAGAUAAGCUGUUCAGGCCUGAAGCUCCUUCCCCUGAAGGACCCCAGUACGUCAACAAGGCCUUCAGUGCCUACCGUGGCAUCUACAUGGAGAAGGAGGACCUGCAGCUGGAGCUCAAUAAACUGAAGAGGGAGAAGAGUGAGUCUGAGAGGCUCCUGAAUGAGCAGCUGCAGGCCAAAGAGAUGGAGCUGCUGCAGUUAAAGACUGAGAUGGAGACCAGUCAAGUGAUGAAGUCUCUAACCAGUACUCAGGACUACUGGCAGGUGGACAGGAUCAACAGUGACCUGAAGAUGCAUACGCUGCAGGAGGAGUUGGAGAGGAUGACUCUGGAGAAGAACCGACUGCAGGGACACUGUGGGGAUUCUUCUGGAACUGACUGUGACCAGAAUCACGUGAAGGAGUCCAACCCCAGGUAUGUCCUUCAUCUCCUCAGAAAUACUUCUUCAGGGGAAAGUGGCAGCAUUACUGUUUCCACAAAUAUAACAAUCUGUGUAUUCCUGAUUUUAAGUAUGUAUUGUGCAAAUGUAAAUGGUCCUGUAGAUGAAUGUAGGAGUGUUGUCCUGUCGUCUUCUCUCAUUGGUAGUCUUGUGUUGUUAUUCUACAGCGAUAAGGCAGUUCUACAGUCCUAUGAGGCCCUGGCCACUGAGAUCUCCUCUCUACACUCAGUGUUGAAACAACAGUCUGACCUGGUGAAGAAGCUAGCAGCUAACAGACGAGCUGCACCAACUGUCCCUGUUCAGUGCCUGGACGAUGUGGAGAAGAACCUGAACCAUCAAACAGGCCGCAUGACCGUGCCCCGAGCCCCUAGUGCCCCCCCUGUCCCCUCCAGCUCUGGCCGGCCCUGCCUUCCCCCCGUGGCCCCCCCGGCUCUGGAGGGUCUCAGGGAGGACUACUGGCCAAACGGUCCCUGGUCCAGCCACUACCCUGGAGCCUUGGGUCUGGACAGUACGAGCCCUGUCCUCCUGCCUCCUCCUCCUCUCAACCAGGCCUCUCUAGAUGACUCCUCCUGGUCCUUCCCCUCCCCGCCCAAACCCAGCGACGCCCUCUUCUGGGAGGGCCAGAGGCAGGGUCUGAGCCAGGGCAGCCCCAUCCACUCCUCCAGGGGUAGUACCCCCAUGAGCCCUAAUGGAGACUGGGCCAAGCCCCCACCCUACUGAGGUGGAGAACCCCCUGGCUCUAAGCCUGCCCUGCCGUGCAACACCCAACCUGCCUU